AUGGCAGCGGCAUAUCAGCAGCCCCUGGACUUGGGGUCUCUGCGGGAGUAUGUAACAGGCCAGAGCCGGAUGCAGCAAGCGGCGGACAGCACUGUGCUGCUGUGCAUCGCCCACAAUCACCUCAAGGCCCGAUUCCCAGAGAUCCGGCUCGAUCUACACAUGACCGUCGACACCGUCAAGUCCAAGGUCCACACGCACACGGGCACGUCGCCAGACAGCAUGGUGCUGCAGCUCAAGGACGAGGGCGGGCGGCUGGUGGCGGUGCUGGACGACGGCGGUCGCAAGCUGGGCUACUUCAACCCGCGCAACGGUUGGACGCUGCAGGUGAUCGACACCGACGGCAGCUCCCUGUCCGCCCAGGGGUGGCUGGAUGAUGUCAGCAAGGUGCAGAAGUACGUCAUCAGCGACAGCGAUUACGACAAGCGGGAGAACACUUACAGGCGCGCGCAGGGCCCUUUGUUAUUGAAGUUCAAGGCGGCCAAGAUGGCGCAGGACCCGACAUGGACCCUGGAGAAGGAGCUCGCGCUCAAAGCCGGGCGCGAAUACACGGCGCCCGAGGCCAAGGCGGCACCCGAGGACGACUUUGGGGAGAGCGAGGCGGCGGCGAUCGACGUUGGGCGGCGGUGCUGCGUCGACCCCGGGGAGCGGCGGGGAGAGGUCAAGUUUGUGGGCAGGGUCGAGGGCCUGGCGGCGGGCUACUGGGUGGGCGUCGCCCUGGACGAGCCGUGCGGGAAGAAUGACGGCAGCGUCAAGGGGCGGCGCGUGUUUGAAUGCGCGCCGGGGCACGGCGUGUUCGCGCGGCCGGACAAGAUCGUCGUCGGCGACUUCCCGCCUGUCGACGACUUUUCUGACCUGGGGUCUGACGAUGAGAUCUGA